UUGUUACUAGCUAAAUAUUUCUCACAUUUCUCUUUCUGCUCCAAUCAAUUUCAAACUCAUGGCUGAAACACUCAUUAAUCUACUCCUGGAGCGUUUGGCUUCGGUCACCGUUAACAGGAUCGGAAGAGAGCUGCAGCUGGUGAUAGGUGUUGAUGAUGAAGUCGCAAACCUGUCCCGCAAUUUGAGACUCAUCACAAAUGUGCUUCAGGAUGCGGAGAGACAAGUCACGGAGGCCAGCAUGGGAGAAGUGACGGGGGCCAGCGUGGGAGAUUGGCUGAAUGAACUGAACCAAGUUUCUCAUGAGAUGGACGACGUGUUGGAUGAGUGGUGCACAGAAAUUCUUAAGCAUGAACAAGAAGGUGUGAACCCAACGGAGGCCUUGGAGAUUCCAGAGGGUUCAAACAAAGGGGGAAUUAUUGAAACUGCUCCUCGUACUAAGGAGAAGGUAUGUCUCCCCCUUCCUUCUUGCUUUUCUUGCUGCCGAGUCAAACAAGUAGUUCGUCUUCCAGUCAAUAUAGUCCGUCGAGUAGUUCAUCGUCGCGACAUUGCGGUCAAAAUACAGAGUCUAAACGAAAAGUUAACUCGGAUUGCUAAUGAAAGACAACGUUAUAACUUUCAAGAUACAAAAGAAGCACCUAAACCACCUCCACGACAACUAACUUCUUCUCUUGUCAUUGACAAAUCCUUUGGUCGAAAAACCGAAAAGGACCUUUUAGUAGGCAAGUUGCUAGAUGAGAGUAGUAGUCAUAAGAGGGGGGGUCCUCUUAUCAUCCCUAUAAUAGGAUUGGGAGGGAUAGGGAGAACAACUCUUUGUCAACUAGUCUAUAAUGAUGACAUGGUCAACACCUAUUUUGACAAGAAGAUAUGGGUCUGUGUCUCAGAUCCUUUUGAAGAGAUUAAGAUUGCUAAAGCCAUCAUAGAAGGUCUUGAUAAUGUGAACAAUACUCCAAACUCAAAUCAGUUAGACCCUUUUAUGGUACGCAUAAAAGAAUUAAUCAAGGGAAAAAAAUUUCUCCUCGUCCUAGAUGAUGUGUGGAACCCAAAUUCUAGUCAAUGGAAUGAAUUAAUCAAACCCUUGCUUGAGGGUGCCACUGGCAGUAGAAUAUUGGUAACCACACGAAAAGAGGAGGUUGCUCAAGUAAUGGGAGCGACCAAUCAAAUGAUUCACUUGAAGGCAUUAAGUGAAGAGUGCACUCGGGAGCUGUUCAAUCACAUUACCUUCCUUGAUAGGGAAGAUGAGUUUGAAAAGUUUGAAAUGUUUGUCCAAGAGUUUGUAGAGAAGUGUAAAGGUUUACCUCUUGUUGCGAAGACUUUAGGUAGUCUCAUGCGCCAUAAGAAAACAAAAAAAGAAUGGCAAGAUGUAUUACAAAGUCCAAUAUGGGAAUUAAAAAAAAUUCCGGAGGAGGUUUUUCAACCAUUAUUGUUAAGUUAUUAUGAUUUGUCCCCAACCAUUAGACGUUGUCUUUUGUAUUGCGUUACUUUUCCGAAAGAUCAUGUGAUUGAUAAAGAAGUUUUGAUUGAGUUGUGGAUGUCACAAGACUAUUUGUACAAGAAGCAAAAGAAAGAAGACGAGGUUGGUCAAACAUAUUUUGAGGAGUUAGCAAUGAGGUCUUUCUUCCAAGAUUUUGAGAGAGACGAUGAUGGGAAUGUUACAAAAUGCAAAAUGCACGAUAUUAUGCAUGACCUUUUGCAGUUCUUGACCAAGGAAGAAUGUUUUAGUAUGGAGGUGAAGGGUGCUGAUGAGAUGUUGGAGCUUCCCAGCAGUAACAGUUUUCGUCACUUCACGCUGAUGUUUGCAUCUCAGGGUUUAUCUAGCAUCCUUUCUUCUCAAAAUUGUGGAAAUUUGCGUACCUUCACUACUUUUGCUUCAACAAUUUAUAGUAUUGAGCCAGAGUUUAUAACUUCACUGAAACGUGUUAGGACUUUAAAUUUGAGUAGUACUGCCCUCGGAGUAGUUCCAAAAGAGGUUGGUGAAUUGCUACAUUUGAGGUAUCUUGAUCUAUCAGAUAAUGGCUUUAUGGAAUUACCUGACAAAAUAGGUGAUUUGUACAAUCUACAAACCUUGCGGCUUGUUCGGUGCUAUAAUCUGCUAAAAGGGCCUGAUCUGAGGAAGUUAAUCAAUUUGAAGCAUCUUUACGUCCAGGGUAGUCUGCGUUUAGAGUCAAAAGGUAUUAGUAGAUUGAAAUCGCUGCAAACACUAGAUGAGUUUCACGUGAGCGAAGAUACCAGAGAAGAAGGAUUGUUGGAGGAUCUGGAAAACUUGGACAAGCUUCAAGGGGCUCUUUCCAUGCAACACUUGGCAUCCCCAUUGCAAACUGUGAGUGGGGCCAAGAGAGCACGGUUGAAUACGAAACGCCUCCUCCACUUGGAACUUAAUUUCCGCUGUGACUGUAGAAGAAGAAUACGGAGGGGCGAAGCCGAAGGAGCGAUACUGAAUGCUUUAAAACCACAUCCAGAUUUGGAAUCAUUAAGCAUCCUUGGGUGUCGUGGGGCUACCUCGACUCCCACUUGGCUCAUGUCUUUACCAAACUUGAAGAGGCUUACUCUUUACAUCAGGUAUUUGGAGGAUUUACCUGCUUUAGGGACACUGUCGUUCCUUGAAUCGCUGGAUAUAAAGAUGACUGAUAAACUGCAAAAGGUGGGUGUUGAGUUUCUGGGGAUAAAUCGAAUAUCAUCAUCGUCGUCAUCGGAGGUUAUUUCAUUCCCAAAGUUAAAACACCUCACAUUCAGUUUCAUGGAUGAAUGGAAAGAGUGGGAAGAAGUGGAUUCUCAGAAUAUCAGGAUAAUGCCAUGCCUUUCAUCCUUAGAAGUGAGGAACUGUCGGAAACUAAAAGCUCUGCCGGAGUUCCUAUGGAAGACACCACUGAAGAGUUUGACCAUUACGAGUUGUCCAAUUCUGCAUUCUGUGUACUACGGAAGCGAACGUUGUCAUUGGACCACUUAUGGUGAGAAGCCAGCCCCGAUUAAUGAGGGGUUUAACAAGAUAUCUCACAUCCCAGAAAUCAGAAUAGGUUAUGAAUUUUGACUAUUGAGUGACGAGCUAGCUAGCUUCUGCCAAUCUCAUCCACUCCAUUAUUCUGGCAUCUAUGGAUUUACUCAAGUGCCGACGCAAUGGCAAGGCACGCCGCACUCCAAUUUGUACUAGUCUUCCAUUCAGCAAAAUUCUUGUAUUGAAACUGAAAAGACUUCCACCUCCUCUGUAGAAGUUGUGUGGGUGGAAACCUUCUGGACAGCUCUCAUUACAAUAUCAUAUACUAACAUCCAUGGGAUGCAUAUCUGUUAUCUUAAGCAUGAGAGUCUCUCUCCAUCCCAAUCAUUUAAGACUUGUUCCAUCAAGGAGUGCGAAGAAUGCAAAUGGAAUGUCAGUUUCAUGCGGAGAGAAAGCUUGCAAGGGAUUUUCCUUGACCCAAGGAUUGUAGACAGCCCCAAUCUCAUGGCUUCAGCACAUGAUGUCAACUUUUGAGCGACAAAUUUUGCUGAUUGGUAUUGAUAUCAUGUUUCCUCAGCCAUUGAACUCAACCCCCUAGCAACUAUACCGUCUACAUUGUUGGAUUUAUUUCAUCAAAACAAAGAUUGAAAGCACACCUCUGUGCGGGGACUGGGGAGGUCAAACCCUGACUCCCUAAGACCAAAUGCCAUAAGCCUUAGGAUACAAAAUCACAACAUGCUACAAGUACAGCUCAAAUUGAAGCGUAAAGCAUUUCAAAUGGCAUUGGAAUCUUCAAGCUGCUGAGAUGCUACUCUGGUAGGCUACGUACUCUGUAAUAACUGGUCUAUCAUUCAGUCCCUGCGAAAUCCUCUGCCAACAUUUAAAGGAUCAAAGAUCUAAUGCUGCUUCUGAUGCUGGACUCCAGCUCCCUAUCCAGUGGAGAUGUCUUUACUCUGUUGACUCUAUUUCUUCAAGAUUUGGGUAAGAACAGAGCAGUGCAAUUAUAAGAAAAGAAAUUGAAUGAUAACUAUGGUGCCUUUUCCAAUAAUUCAUUCAUCUGUUUACCUGGAAAUACUUGGGAGUUCAGAAAGGAGAAUUGCUUGCAAGCAAACUCUUAUGUGGAUGGAAUUGGGAGGUCAGGUCUUUUUAGUUCUGAUGAUUGGAGUCCACUGACAAGAUGAUCCCCAAUUCUUAGGUACUCUUUGUACUGUGCUGAUUACUGAAUAAAAUUUCCAGUACCCCGGUAGCUUGGAACUGACUGCUUUAUUUAAUACAGCUUAUAGACUAGAGUCAUCAUAAGAUCAUUCAACUAUAGUCCGGCUAGAGAAAUUGAACUAUCUGCAAAACAACAUUUUAUAUCAGAGGAUUAUCUAAUAAUGAGAAUGCACCAUCAAGAGAACUCUGCAACCAUUGAUGGAUUGACGACGUUCGUACCAAAGGUAGGCACUUUCUCUUCACGCAUCUCAAGUAGAUUCUCAUAAUAUGACCUUUGCAACCUUUUGGAGGGGAUUGAUUAUUCGAUUGCUUGUUAGUUUGCCAAUUGUAACUUUGGCAUGGACAUUAUUGUCUUAAUGACUUCAUCUUUUCGAGGUAUAAAGAGAAGUUAAGAGUGGAUUUGACCCCGAAUUCCAUUCCAUGAAAACACUGGGGAUGACUGUAAAUGGCUUGUAUAACAUUGAACAGGAAGCUAUGGGAGUUUGUGACCGUGAGCAUGUGCCGUCACGUGAGGAAGUUCAACACCAGAUUGUUUCUUUGGUUAUACUUUUACCUAGUAAAUUUUCCGUGUCCGCACUUUCCACUGAACCAAUUGAGUGAGUGUGCAAUGGUCUUCAUAGACAUUUGAAAGCUGUCCUUUCUGUGGUUCAUCUUGCUAUCCCUAGCGGAUCCUCUUCCGCUCUUCUAUCCCCAAAAUUCACCUGGUGAUGAGGUGCUGGAAACCUAUACAUCAAUUGCACAAUACACGAGUAGAAGCAAAACGAAAUUGGAAAGCAAAGCUACAUCUUCUUUUGAGAAUUCUACUUAUGCCAGUCUCACUCUAGUAUGGUGGUCAACCUCGAACUGCAGAAAACCAAAGUUUCUCAGCUCCAGACUCCUUUAUGUGUAAACUGAUCUCUAUCUCGAGGCUCAUAAUCUGUACCUUAGAGAGGAAAUUCUGAAC